AGUGAGUAUAACUAGUAGUGAGAAAGGAAGCUGGGGAGCGACUGGGAAGAGACACCACCGACCUCAUUAACAAAAGCUCAGCUUUGUCCCUGCAGAGCGGCCAGCCGAAGGGACAGGGCCAGCGGUGGCCCUCUGGCUGGGAGGUCGCGCUCCCUGCAAACAUCGAAGGCAUCUUUAUCGUGACCUUCGCACGGGGAGUCCUGAGGCUUGCCUUGGAAGUUUUCAAAGCCACAGCAGUCGCCCUGGAGAAGACCAGCAAAGAGAGUGGAGUGUGUAUGUGAACUUCAAUUCUAUGUUUUUCUCUUGGGUGGGUUCAUGGAUUUUUAGUACAAAGAAAACUCAAACUCAGCUGACCUGAAAGACUGGAAUUUCAGCUCUCUUCCUCUCCUGGGUUAUUUGUCCUCCCCCUCCCUCUCAAAGCCCUUUAAACCAGAUUACCGGGUCAGUGACUCUUAUCCCGCCGGCUUGUUCCAAGGGCUUCUAGCUUUUUGGCUUGGAAAAGAAAACCACUAUCUGAUUAGAAAAGCACUUGGGAGGCACAUUAAUCUUGCCGGCGUUGUCAGGAGCGAUCAGCGAGUUUUAUUAAAAGCCCGGGCAUUGCCUGAAAGGCCUCCUUGUCUGCGUUUGAAAUGAAAGGGGCACGUUAAGAUCCAGGGGACAUCGUCGGGACCCCUCGCCCUGCCCCUUGGACUAUGAGUUGACACUCCAGGAGGAAGCAAGAAGCCCUUCUUUGUUGGAGGGAUCUCGCCCGUGCUCGGAAGCCAGCUGCCCCGGUCGGCAUGACCUCUCUGAGCUGGGGAGGGCCCAACGCCCUGCUGGUGCUGCUUCUGCUCCUGCUCCUGGGCCGGGCCGGUCCCACCUUCAUCAGCGUGAACCGUGGGUUGAGAGUGAGGAAGGGCCAGGCCGCCUUCCUGGUGGGGGAUGACCUGAAGUUUGCCAUCCCCAGAGAGAAAGAUGCUUGCAAGGUGGAAGUUGUGAUGAAUGAGCCCGUCACCCAGAGGGUCGGGAAACUCACUCCACAGGUCUUUGACUGCCAUUUCCUUCCCAAUGAAGUAAAGUAUGUUCACAAUGGUUGCCCGAUUCUGGAUGAAGACACUGUGAAGCUUAGACUUUACAGAUUUACUGAAACAGAUACCUUCACAGAAACCUUUAUCCUGCGGGUCUUUCUCCUGGAACCAGACUGUAACAUCAUCCGUAUGAGUAACAAUGAGUUGGAGGUGUCUGAAUUCUAUGGCCUGUCCCAAGCGAUUGAUAAGAACCUGCUCAGAUUCGAUUAUGAAAGGGUGGCCAGCCUGGAAUGUACGGUCAGGCUGGACCCUAUAAGAACUCGGCUGCCAGCCCAUGGCCAGAUGGUUCUGGUGGAGCCUCGGCCAGAAGGACCUCGUGGAGAUCAGCCACACAGUUUUUUCUCUGAGUCCCAACUGGGAACAGAAUUGAAGUGUCCAGGUGGAAGCUGUACCCAGGGACUGAAGAAAAUAGGAAGUCUCAAAGUGAACUGUGAGGAGUUCCUGCUGAUGGGACUUCGAUACCAACAUAUGGACCCACCUUCACCCAACACUGAUUAUAUCUCCGUCCAACUGGACCUCACAGACAGUAGGAGCAAAAUCCUGUACAAGUCAGAGAGCGCGUGGUUGCCCGUCUAUAUCAGAGCUGGCAUUCCGAAUCAGAUUCCAAGGGCUGCAUUCAUGGCCAUGUUUACCCUGGAAGCAGAUCAGUUCAUCCUGACCUCCUUGACCACAUCAGUUUUGGACUGUGAGGAAGAUGAGACCCCCAAACCCUUGCUGGUGUUCAACGUGACGAAAACCCCGCUUCAGGGCUACAUGACCCACCUGUUGGAUCACACGAGACCCAUCUCCUCUUUCACCUGGCGGGAUCUCAGUGACAUGCAGAUUGCCUACCAGCCACCCAACAGCAGCCAUUCGGAGAGGAGACAUUAUGAGGUGGAGCUGGAGGUGUACGACUUCUUCUUUGCAAAAAGUGCACCUAUCACCGUCCACAUCUCCAUCAGAACAGCAGAUACAAACGCCCCUCGAGUGUCUUGGAAUACAGGUCUGAGUCUCCUGGAGGGGCAAUCUCGGGCCAUCACCUGGGAGCACUUUCAGGUUGUUGACAAUGAUGACAUUGGUGCUGUCCGUUUAGUUACUGUUGGUGGCCUGCAGCAUGGACGGCUUACAUUAAGAGGGGGGAAAGGAUUUCUCUUCACCGUGGCUGAUCUCCAAGCUGGAGUUGUCCGCUAUCACCAUGAUGACAGUGACUCUACCAAAGACUUCGUGGUCUUCAGGAUAUUCGAUGGCCAUCACAGCAUCCGUCACAAGUUUCCCAUCAACAUCUUGCCCAAAGAUGACAGUCCCCCGUUCCUCAUAACCAACGUUGCCAUUGAACUGGAAGAGGGGCAGACCAUCCUGAUCCAGGGUUCUGUGCUGAGAGCUUCGGACAUGGACUCCAGCGAUGACUACAUCUUCUUCAAUAUCACAAAACCCCCACAGGCCGGAGAGAUCAUGAAGAAGCCAGGGCCAGGACUGAUAGGCUAUCCUGUCCCUGGCUUCCUUCAAAGAGAUCUGUUUAAUGGGAUCAUUUACUAUCGACACUUUGGUGGAGAAAUCUUUGAAGAUUCUUUUGAAUUUGUCCUGGGGGACAGCCAUGAACCUCCAAAUCUCUCAGUGCCACAGGUGGUAACAAUCUAUAUCACUCCAGUGAAUGACCAACUUCCACAAGAGGCAUUUGGAGUUUCUCGACAUUUGGUUGUCAAGGAAACAGAGGUGGCCUACAUAACUAAGAAACAUCUACAUUUCGUAGAUACGGAAUCAUACGACAGGGAGUUUGUCUACACAAUAACAACUCCUCCAUUUUUCUCCUUUAGCUACAGACACUUGGAUGCUGGGAAAUUAUUUAUGGUGGAUAGCAUACCAAAGCUAACCAAAAAUCCUACAGCCCUGGGGCUGAGGUCAUUCACUCAGCACGCUGUCAACCACAUGAAAGUAGCCUACAUGCCACCCACGCAAGAUAUCGGCCCUCAUCUUCAACACGUGCAGUUCAUAUUUUCUGUUAGUAACCAACAUGGCGGCACUUUGCAUGGGCUCUGCUUUAACAUUACGAUUCUCCCAGUAGACAAUCAAGUUCCCAAGGUAUCCACCAGCCCUCUGAAAGUGGUCGAGGGAGGUCAACGCAUCAUCAGCACAGAGCACAUUCUGGCUUCUGAUGGGGAUACCAAGCUGGACACUCUUUACUUUUUCCUAAGGGAACUGCCUCUGCAUGGAAGGGUGGAGCUGAAUGGAGUUCCUUUAAGCACGGGGGCCACAUUUUCUUGGGUAGACCUUUGUACCCUAAAAGUUAGGUAUCAACAUGAUGGUUCUGAGAUUCUUCAGGAUGUCAUAGGCUUGGAGGUUACAGAUGGCACGAAUUCGGCAGAAUUUGUCCUGCAUGUUGAAGUAUUCCCUGUAAAUGACGAGCCACCAGUCCUAAAGGCUGACCUCGUGCCCACAGUGCAUUGCUCAGAGGGUGGAGAGGUGGUCAUCACCUCCGAGUAUAUCUUUGCCACUGAUGUGGACAGUGAUGACUUGAAACUGAUGUUCAUGAUUGCUCGAGAACCUCAGCAUGGAGUGGUGAGGAGAACUGGGGUCACAGUGGAUCAGUUCUCUCAGGGAGAUGUCAUCUCAGGGGCCGUGGCAUACAAGCACACAGGUGGUGAGAUUGGCCUGGCGCCUUGUUUUGACACCAUCACGUUGGUGGUUUCGGAUGGAGAAGCUGGCCCUUUUGUGAAUGGCUGUUGCUACAACGGACCAAAUCCAGCUGUUCCUCUUCAUGAGUCCUUUCCAGUGUAUGAUCUCAACAUCACAGUACAUCCAGUAGACAACCAGCCACCUUCCAUAGCAAUAGGUACCAUGUUCCUUGUAGAUGAAGGUUUCUCAACAGCCCUUACCAUUAACCAUUUGUCUGCCACUGACCCUGAUACUGCAGAAGAUGACCUGGAAUUUGUUUUGGUUUCUCCUCCCCAGUUUGGCUACCUUGAAAAUACACUCCCUUCCGUAGGUUUUGAAAAAAGCAAUGUGGGCAUAAGUAUAGCUUCAUUUCAGUGGAAAGACAUGAAGGCUUUGCGCAUUAACUACGUGCAGUCCAGGCAUCUGAGGAUAGAACCUACUGCGGAUCAGUUCAUGGUCUACGUCACAGAUGGGAAGCAACGCUCCUUGGAGAUACCAUUUUACAUUAUAAUUAACCCUACAAAUGAUGAAAUUCCUGACCUUGUCCUGCAGAAUAUUACUGUGUGUGAGGGUCAGAUGAAAGAGCUGGAUUCGUCCAUCAUCAGUGCUGCUGACCUGGAUAUUCCUAAGGACUCCUUACUGUUCAGCAUCACUCAUAAACCUCGCCAUGGCCUCCUCAUCAACAGAAUGUUUGGCAAAGACUUUCCUCAGAAUAAGCAGCCAGCCGGCGCCCACCAGAAGCACGAACUUGUUCACAACUUUUCCAUGGAACUUCUCCAAACUGGAAUGAAGCUGACAUAUGUGCAUGACGACUCAGAGAGUCUUGCUGACGACUUUACAAUCCAGUUGUCGGAUGGGAAACAUAAGAUACUUAAAACCAUUUCAGUAGAGGUCACCCCAGUGAAUGAUGAGAAACCAGUGCUGACCAAGAAGGCUGAAAUGAAAGUGAGUAUGGGUGAGACGCGUAUUCUUUCUAGUGCUGUUCUUUCAGCCAGUGAUAAAGACUCACCAAGGGAGAAGAUUUACUAUUUAUUUGAAAGGCUUCCCCAAAACGGGCAACUUCAGCUUAAGACAGGGAGGGACUGGGUGCCUCUGGACCUUGGCAUGAAAUGUACUCAGGAGGACGUGGAUCAGAACUUGCUGAGAUACACACACACCGGGGCCAUGGAUUCCCAGAAUCAAGAUAGCUUCACUUUCUACCUUUGGGACGGCGACAACAGGUCACCUGCUUUUGACUGUCACAUCACCAUCAAGGACAUGGGAAAAGGGGAUAUUGUCAUCCUUACAAAACCACUCGUGGUGUCAAAAGGUGACAGAGGUUUCUUGACGACUACCACUCUCCUGGCUGUGGACGGAACAGACAAGCCCGAGGAGAUGCUUUAUGUCAUCAUCUCCCCACCGCGAUACGGCCAGGUGGAGUACAUCCGCUAUCCUGGAGUUCCCAUUGCAAGCUUCAGCCAAAUGGACAUCGCAGGGCACACGGUCUGCUACGUGCACAAGAGCAAGGCAGCUGUCCCCAGUGACACAUUCAGAUUCCUUGUCAGCAAUGGCCUACGGACCAAGCAUGGGCUGUUUGAGAUCACCCUGGAGCCUGUGGACAGAGCCCUGCCCGUGGUGACCAGGAACAAGGGGUUGAGACUGGCUGAAGGGGCCACGGGUCUGCUCUCCCCUGACCUCCUUCAGCUGACCGACCCUGACACGCCCGCCGAGACCCUCACCUUCCUCCUGGUUCAGCCUCCCCAGCAUGGCCAACUCUACUUGCGAGGAACAGUGCUGCUCCAGCACCAUUUCACGCAGCAAGAGGUGGACAGCAGGACCGUGGCCUAUCAGCACGCGGGCGGGGACUCCCAGACCGACCACUUCACUUUUGUGGCCUCAGACGGGACAAACCGAGGCUUCAUUGUGAAUGGGAGCGUGUGGGAAGAGCCUGUUGUCUUCACCAUCCAGGUAGACCAGGUGGACAAAGCGGCGCCCCGGCUCACGCUCCUGCACCCCCCUUCUCAAGUGGUGCUUCUGAACAAUGGCCGUUACGGGAUCCACAUCACUUCUCGGGUGUUGAAGGCGGCGGACCCGGACACCGAGGACGACCGGAUCCUCUUUAAGAUUUUGCGAGGCCCGAGACACGGACGCCUGGGAAACACCACAACAGGUGAAUUUAUCCAUGAGAAAUUUAGCCAAAAGGAUCUGAACAGUAAGACCAUUGUUUACAUCAUAAACCCAUCUUUGGAAGUGAAUUCAGACAUCAUGGAAUUUCAAAUCAUGGACCCCACAGGGAAUGCUGCCACUCCUCAAAUUUUGGAAUUGAAGUGGUCUCAUAUUGAAUGGUCACAGACUGAAUAUGAAGUCUGUGAGAAUGUGGGCAUGUUGCCCUUGGAAAUUACCAGGAGGGGAUAUUCCAUGGACUCGGCCUUUGUGGGUGUAAAGGUCAACCAAGUGUCAGCUGCAGUUGGAAAAGAUUUCACCGUGUCUCCAUCUAAACUGAUUCAGUUUGACCCAGGAACGUCAACUAAGAUGUGGAAUAUAGCAAUUACCUAUGACGGAUUAGAGGAAGAUGAUGAGGUCUUUGAAGUAAUUCUGAACUCCCCUGUGAAUGCAGUUCUUGGCACGAAGACAAAAGCUGCAGUGAAAAUUUUGGACUCAAAAGGAGGACCGUGCCAUCCUUCAUAUUCCUUCAGCGCCUGGGAGAAGGGCAUUUGGCGUCGGCUGCCCCCAGGGUCGUCCUCGCCCACCACGUCUGGUUCCUUUCAUCUGGAAAGAAGACCUCUUCCAUCUUCCAAGCGGCUAGCGGAAACUGGGGGAGAUACCCUGCCGGGCUUUGAUUCUACAGAUCUUUCUCAAAGGAAGCUUAGGACCCACGGGAAUGGCAAAACAGUCCAUCCGUCCUCUGUUUAUAGAAAUGGAACAGACAUCAUCUAUAAUUAUCACGGGGUGAUUUCCUUGAAACUGAAGGAUGACAGUUCCCCAGCUCACGAAAGGAAGGCCGAAGUAUCCAUCAUUAGUCAGCCACAGAAGACAAUCAAAGUGGCAGAAUUGCCUCAAGCAGAUAGGGUGGAAUCCACAACUGACUCACGCUUCCCCAGACAGGACCAGUUGCCCUCAUUUCCAAAGAACUGCACUAUGGAAUUAAAGGGACUCUUCCAUUUUGAAGAAAGCAUCCAGACUCUGUAUCGGUGCGAUGGAAUUGCUUGGAAAGCCUGGAGCCCCCAAACCAAGGAUGUGGAAGACAAAUCCUGCCCAGCUGGGUGGCACCAGCACUCAGGUUACUGUUACAUCUUGAUUACCCAGAGGAAAGGCACCUGGAAUGCGGCUGCCCGAGCUUGCAGGGAACAAUACCUGGGCAACCUUGUCACCGUGUUUUCCAGGCAGCACAUGCGAUGGCUCUGGGGCAUCAGUGGGAGGAAGCCCUUUUGGAUAGGUUUGAAUGACCAAGUGCAUGCUGGCCGCUGGGAGUGGAUUGGUGGUGAACGCGUCACCUUCACCAACGGGCAGAGAGGGCCCUCUCAACACUCGAAGCCUGGAAAGAACUGCGUUUUGGUUCAAAGACAGGGAAAAUGGCAAACAAAGGACUGCAGGAAAGCCAAACCUCACAACUACGUGUGCUCCAGAAAACUCUAAAUAUAACUGGCCCUAUAG